AGCAUUUGAAAACGUAUUCUUAUUGGCUGAUCCGGCUAAACGAAGGAACGGUUUGAUUCCCUGAUUCUCUUUCCGGUGUGCUUUUUCGAUCAAAAUGACGAAGGGUACAUCCAGCUUCGGUAAACGGCGCAAUAAGACGCACACGUUGUGCAGGAGAUGCGGACGUAGCUCUUACCACAUCCAGAAGUCACAGUGUGCGCAAUGCGGUUAUCCUGCUAAAAAAAUGCGUUCAUAUAAUUGGUCGGUCAAGGCAAAGAGGAGGAAGACUACUGGUACUGGUCGUAUGCGUCAUCUUAAGAUUGUACGCCGUAAAUUCAAGAAUGGAUUCAGGGAAGGCUUGCCAAAACCCAAAGCUGUGGCGGCUAAGUAGAACAUCGACAUCUCAUCUUAUUGUCUAAUUAAGUUGUUCAAUUUUGACUAUCAAUAAAAAAUCUAAAAAAUUCA